CGCUGUGUUUGCAUUCCUCCUCCCUCCGCUGAGACUGACAGCCCGUUAGCUGCUGCUGCUGCUGCUCACCGGCAAUGAUACAGCAAACACGGACGUGGCUCAUUUUUGUUUCGGGGAAAAAGGAGACUCGACGUCCGGGAGAGGAAUGGAUGCGACGAAUGCUUUCCUGCGACAUUCACCGGCCAGCUAGGAAGCUUCCACAUUCACUCUGAAGACCACCUGAGUGCACCUUAAUUAGCUGGGACUAGACUUAUUUAUUUGUGCUUAAUUGUGAACACUAAUGUCCGCAAAAUAAUCGUAAUUAUUAGUGAAAAGGUACAAGUUCUAGAAGAGCGUGGCUAAUCGCUACUGGCAACUCAACACAGCAUUAAGCUAACCAACGACUAGCCGAAUUUCGCAUUCUUUGUUUAUUUUAUUUGCUUCAUUGAAUACAGUGGGUUUUAUAUUUCUGAAGUUGGAUUAAUACUUGAGUUAGGAAGAGGGACACUGCUUAUAAGCUAGCAUUUCUAUCUAACUACAUCUCGGAACAUUUAGCUUGCUUUUUAAAGGACAUAAAUCAUCUGACUUCUCUCUUAUGGCUCGUUAGUAUCGCGGUACUGCAGCUGACCCAGCUAGCUAGCAUCUGUGUUAGUUAGUAGGUAGCGCAAACAGCCGUCAGCCACUUCUUGGCCCUCAUUAACUCCUUGACAGUAAAGAUGCACCACCAGGACUAUUCUGGAGACCCACCUGGGACCGGGAGCAGGAAAACGGCUUUCCACUACAGGAGGGGCAGCAGCGGUGCGUCUGCCGUCUCCGCAGCCGGUGGCAGUGGAGUAAACACGGUCGACGACAAUCCAACCCAGGCUGGAUCCUCUUCUCCCGGACUCCACCACCAGCCCCCGUCCCAAGUGGCUGGCGCUCAGGUGAAAAAGAAGAGUGGCUUCCAAAUAACAAGUGUCACCUCAGCCCAGAUCAAUGUCAGCGGCAACAACAGUUUAGCAGAUGACACUGAGAGCUAUGAUGAUAUGGAUGAGUCACACACUGAAGACCUCUCCUCCUCUGAUAUGCUGGAUGUCUCCGUGUCCAGGGCCACUGAUACAGGUGUGCCGGAGAGAAGCUCCUCUGAUGAGACGUUGAACAGUCUCCAUGGGGUUGACACACCCGGAAUUGUGUCACCCAACGAGCCUCUUAACCCUCAUUCCAUCCCUCAGGGGUCUCAUCAGCACACCUCUAUGGUAAAUGGGAACAUUCAUCAUCAUUAUUGUCCUCAGCAACACAGCCAGGCCCAUCAUCAUCACUCUGAUAGCUUGGGAGGAGGUGAACCCACCUUGCCAGCUCUUCCCAUUGCUCCGCUGGCUAGCUCCAGCCCAGCUAUGGCUUCCAAAGCCGGGCCUAGCCAGUCCCAGAGGCCAUCAGUGUUGGAUAACACUAAACCUGCAGGUGGGACAACCCAACCAUUAGCCCCUAUUGUGGGAGGGACAUCCACUGAUCCACAUCUACAGGGUAGUUUGAACAUUUCUAAUGUGUCUGCUGCCAUUUCUGCUGCAGUUCCUCCUACUGGGCCUGCAGGUUUUGACAACACUAGUGUGAGUGGGCAAGUAGCUUCUGUUGGAGGAGGAACAGGUCUGUCUGCUGCUGCCCCCAACACUCAAACCCAGCACACCCAAACCCAGACAGCUACUGGCUCUCGUUUUAGGGUGGUCAAGCUAGACACUAACUCUGAGCCCUUCCGGAAAGGAAGAUGGACAUGUACUGAGUAUUAUGAAAAGGAGAUUGCUCAACCAGCUGCACCCGAGGCACCAAAAGGUGCAGAGUUGGCUGCAGAUACGGAGGCAGGUAAUAUUGGGAUUAGUCCAGGUAUACCUGCUGUACAGCCACCUCAUACACUGCAGGCCUAUCAGCCGCCGAGCCAGGACUUCACUAGUCCACAAGCCAUGCAGAGCCCACCACAGGGACUGGCCCAAGCCGCUCCUCUGACCUAUGUUUCGCCCCAGGAGGUCGUUGGUGGAGCUCACAUGCCACAACCAGUGGCCCCUGUCACUCUCCCUACAGCAACACCACAGGUGACACCACAGGCUGGUGUAAGUCAGCCUCCUCCUGUUAUGCCCCAGCAGUUGCCCUAUGGUGUGGAUCACCACCAGGCUCAAACCCAGGGAGGUUACCCAUCACCUCAGCUAGUUGCAGGGGUCAUGACCCAAGGAAGUAUCCGUCAGCCGGACUUCAUCCAGCCCACUGCUCCCUUCCAGACCCAGGUCCAGCCUCCCCAUGUUACAACAGGAAUCUCAAUAACAUCAGUGCCAGGGGUCACAGCGCAGCCACCAGUCAGCAUUACUCAGCAGCUUCCCCAUCAAGGUCAGGUAGCCCCAACUGCUUCAGCAACUUUUGUUGGAGGGCAGCCACAGACCCUCCCAUCUCAAUCUCAACCUCAACCUCGACCUCACCCACAGUCACAAGUCCAGCCCCCCUCCACUGCCACAGUCCCAGUAGUGCCCACCCAUGGGACCCCCUACAUGCCUCUGACCGCACUGCAGGCUGACCUCCAGCCCCUCCUCACCCCAGGCACAACCCUCACCCAGGUCCCUGGAGGAGGGAGCUCCAUAAAAACCUCACAGCUGGAGGACGCCCAGAAGCUUCUGCUCCACCACCAGGGCCUGCUUAGUCUGCCCAGGCUGGGGGUGGCAGCAGGUGGAGAGGGGGCUGCGGAGACCAGCAGUGCUGCUGGUACACUGGCCCACAUGGGGAUGUCAGCUGAGGCCAGUGCUUUCAUGGCCGCCGCUGCUGCAGGCCUUAGGACUCCGCAUGCUGAAGGAGAGGACGACAG